CUGUACCUUCCACAGUGUCUUAUUCAACCACGCAAACAUGACCCUCGCCAAUUCCUGUCCAGCACCAACGUGGCAGUGAUACCCAGCGACGCCAGUAAACUUGUGCAGAGUAGCCCUAUCUCCCAAUGCCUCCGCGACCAAAGCCGGCUGCCCCGCGAAGAAACCCUCAAACUCGGCAUCCGCAACGAAAACGGGAACUUUGAUGUUGUCAAUAAACUCCUCGACUUUGAACCGUUGGGAUCGAGUUAACAAGUCAGAGGGAGAAGGCGUGUUGAACGCCCACAGUCCUUGGUCCAUACCCCACGCGAACUCCGUAGGUGCCUUCCCCGACGCUCGCAGAGCCAGCAUCUCAGCGUCAAACCCCGUGUGGUUUCCAGCUUCAUACAAGGCGAGGAGCGGUUCGGGAAUCCCUCCGAAGAAAACUCUAGAGAAAUCCCACAUGCCUUCGAUGAGCAAAACGGCAGAUAGUCUGGGCUCAAAAGCCGCGGCGCGUGCAGCGAGAUAGCCGCCCAUUGAGUUGCCGAGAAGUACAAGUUUUUCGGUAUCGGCCACGUCUGAUUUCUCGCGCAAGAGGUAGUCGACGACGGGGUAUACAUGAAAGGAAUCCUCUUGUGCGGCAUCAAAACCGUUACCGACGAUCAAAGUCGGCGCCUUGGUCUGGUUGCUGGUAGAUACAGCAUACCAGACAGCCUCGACAGUGAAGUUUCCCUCGGUGGCUGGAAUCUGGAUCCGCUCGCCGGGGAUGUCCAUGCCAGCCAAUCCUUUAUCAAAGGCUGCGGUCUGCUCGGCCCAAAAGUCGUUGAUGCGUGGGUCGUCCCACUUCCCGAGGACGUAGUUGGCAGCUCUGCGGAAGUAAUUCGAGGCGGAAAACCACGUGUCUCGAACGUUGACUGCAUCGUAUGCAUUUUCCGGGUCUUCGGCUUGUGCUUUGGUGUGGUUGGCAAGCUUUAGGAACUCGUUGGUGAAGGACUCCAUGUUUCCGGCUUCGAUAUCUUGAGCAACGCCCAGCAUAGGUCCUAUGUCUGAGCCUCCAGCAAUUGCGAGGCCGAAAGGAGCUAGCAGGUCGAAGUGGAAGGUCGAAUCCGAACUGAGCUGCAGCAUGGGUGGUUUUUCGGUGGAGUUGUCCUGGACCGCGAGAGAACCUUGCAUCAAUGUAGCCAUGAGAGGCCCUGCAUAUAUCAAAGAGAAGUGCUUCAUGGUGGAAAAGACCUGAAGGUGAGUGUUCUU